AUGGAGGUGGGUGGUCCUUGGACUUCCCACAGAGCAGAGAACCCUGAUUGCUCUUUGGGCUGACAAGGAAGAGGGACUUGAUUGGGGGAGGGGGAGGGAAAAGGGAGGCGGCGGUGGGGAAGAGACAGAAAUCUUUAAUAAAUAAAUAAGUUAAAAAAAAAAAGAAUCAGUCUUAACCCAUGCAGGAAUUGCUCGAACUCGGAGGCCUCAGGUUCGGACUUAUUUGCAUCUUUGCCACUGCAAAGUCCAUCCUUUUAACGAGGUGUGAGCGCGGCCGGCCGGCGUUCGCGCUCCAGCGCCGCCGCUCACUUUAGUGAUAGUGGAGUGCCCAGCAUCUGGGUCCUCUGCGCUCGUGCCUCUGACACGACACCGACUUCUGGGCGUUGUUGUUUUCAUUUCAAUUCUCCGAGCUUUCAAACGCACACAGCGCCGUCCUCCACCUCCGCUCCUCGCCCCCUCAGCCCGGGACAAGUAGGCGCGGUCUUCCCGUUCAGAGAGAGAUCCACGUCAUCCGCGCAGGCGCAGGCACCAGCCGGCGGGAAGGGGCUUGCGCUCGGCCCGCGGUAAACAAGCACUGCGCCUGCGUCCUGGGCCAAGGUUUUUUUUUUUUUUUUUUUUUGUCUUUUGUUUUGCAUAGUAAAAAAAAAAAAGGCGGGGGUGGGGCGGAGGACGCCGAGCGAACCCGCGUCUCCUAGGACGACGAACUAGCUGGCUUUUCCUGCUUUAUCUGUUUCUGCGCUACCAUGGAAUCCAGAAUCUGACACAACUGUCGGCCGGAGCCACCGCACUGAGGCUGAAAGGAAGAAAAGACAUCUUUUUUUUUUCCCUAAGAGGUGGUGGGAGGUCCCCACAACGCCACAUUAAAAACCUCCCUAGCUCCGGUCUUUCCCCAGACAACGCGAGAACCUGUGCCAGGACGUGACUUCACACACCCCGCCCCCUCCCCGAGACUCCCUGCGCAUGCGUGCGGCCUUUUGGCGCGCAAACGGGUUUCAAAACUUCCUGCUUGGUCACAGGUGGCCAAAUCCGGGCCUCUGUGGCGUGUUCGUCAGCGUUCAAGCCCAGAGCAUCCCGAUUUUAGGGAUUUUUCGUUCGAAAUUCCACUCGACUGUAGCUCGUCCCCUCUUUCCUGUUCGUAGACGGGUCAUGAGUUCUUGAGAGGUUCCAGCGAAUCAAAUAGCCAGAGCGGGAGUGGGCGAGCCCAUCACGGUUUUACAAUAAAAUGUUACGUUUUAGUUGUAGAGAGUGAUAUCUCUGUGAGCAGCAUAAAUAAAUAAGUCUGAGGGGCGAAAGUUAUUUUUUUUUUCCUUGAAGACCUUGAGAGGCUGUGAAAGUGGACGGAGGGAUGAAGAUGGGACAUUUUAAAGAUGGAAGAGGGCACGUGGAACACCUGCGCAAACUGGAUUUUUGCCCUACAACGUCACAAAGGAAGCAGGCUGUGAGCUGAGGGAAGGCAGAGGACAUGAAUGUGUUCGGAGGGUUUCCUGGUGGUUUAUGGCAUCUUCCAGAGUCCUGUGUGAGAGCUGCUCCUGACCAAGAAGACCUACAGAGACUGUCUCUGAAAUCAAGUCCCCAUGAAGAACUAAGGGGAAAAGAAUGACUGCUAUGGUUUUCCUCACAGAAUGGAGAACGACCAGCCGCCUGUGCUUACUGCUACCCCGCUGGUGCCCCUUCAGAACCACAGCUGCAUGGAGGCAGCUGAGGCCCUGCUGCCCGGUGGCCUGGUGGAAUUCCAUGAGGAACACGGCUGGAUGAGCAACAGGACAGACCUUCGGUAUAGACUGAGCCCUGGAGAGGUGGCCACAGCCAGCAUUUUCUUCGGCGCUCUGUGGUUGUUCUCUAUCUUUGGCAAUUCCCUGGUGUGUCUGGUCAUCCACAGGAGCCGGAGGACUCAGUCCACCACCAACUACUUUGUGGUGUCCAUGGCGUGUGCUGACCUUCUCAUCAGUGUGGCCAGCAUGCCUUUCGUGGUGCUGCAGUUCACCACGGGACAGUGGACCCUCGGCAGUGCCAUGUGCAAGGUCGUGCGCUACUGCCAGUACCUUACCCCAGGUGUCCAGAUCUACGUGCUCCUCUCAAUCUGCACAGACCGCUUCUACACCAUCGUCUACCCGCUGAGCUUCAAGGUGUCCAGGGAAAAGGCCAAGAAGAUGAUCGCAGCCUCCUGGAUCUUAGAUGCAGCCUUUGCGACCCCCAUCUUCUUUUUCUACGGCUCCAGCUGGGACAGCCACUGUAACUACUUCCUCCCUUCCUCCUGGGAGGGAACUGCUUAUACUGUCAUCCACUUCUUGGUGGGCUUUGUGAUUCCCUCUGUCCUCAUAAUCUUAUUCUACCAGAAGGUCAUAAAAUACAUCUGGAGAAUAGGCACUGAUGGGCGGACCCUGAGGAGGACGAUGAACAUCGUCCCCAGGACAAAGGUGAGAACCGUUAAGAUGUUUCUCCUCUUGAACGUAGUCUUUCUGUUCUCCUGGCUGCCUUUCCACGUGGCUCAGCUCUGGCACCCCCACGAGCAAGACUAUAAGAAGAGCUCCCUUGUCUUCACAGCGGUCACGUGGGUGUCCUUUAGCUCCUCAGCCUCGAAGCCCACUCUCUACUCAAUUUAUAACGCCAAUUUUCGGAGAGGGUUGAAAGAGACUUUCUGCAUGUCCUCGAUGAGAUGCUACCGCAGCAAUGCCUACACCAUCACAGCCAGCUCGAGGAUGGCCAAAAGAAACUAUGUCGGCAUUUCAGAAAUCCCUCCCGUGAGCAGGACGGUAACCAAAGACUCCGUCUAUGACUCAUUUGACCGAGAGGCCAGGGAAAAGAAGCUUGCCUGGCCUAUCAAUUCAACCCCACCAAACACUUUUGUCUAAUUUCUAAGAAUUCUUUCACUGUUGUUAUGUGCCAGAGAUUAAAAAGCUUUAAAUAUAUAAAGAGGGAAGGGAUUGGCAUAGUUCUCACUCGGCCGUCUGUUUGUAAAGUGCAUCCACUGUUGAUUGUGGUUCCUGUGGAGCUUGUUGGUCAGUAGUAUGCCCACUGAUAGAUGCCCGUGAAAAGUUCUUUGCUGGGCUGGAGAUGGCUCGGUGGUUAAGAGCAGUGGUUGGUCUUCCAAACCCCAGCACCCACAUGGCAGCUCACAGCCACCUGUAGUUCUGGUUUCAGGGGAGUCGGUGACCUCUUUUGGCCUCUCGGAACACUACACGCUUGUGCACAGACACUUAUGCUGGCAAAGCACCUUUACACACAAAAUUUUUAAAAAGCAAAAACCUCUCUGUUGGUUUGUUUGGAAGUUCUUCCUGAGUGGGAACGAUGGCUCAGAGGGUGGGGGCGCUCACUACCACGCCUGCCGACUUGACUUAGAUCCCAGUAGCCCCCAUGAUGGAAGGGGAGAACCAACUCCCACAAGUUGUGGUCUCCACACACGUUUUUGUGUCCCGCCUGCACUUGUGUGUGCACACUCACACUAAAUAAAUGU